UUGGGUUUACUGAUCUCCACAAUACACAGAUCUUUGGGUUUAAUUAAUGGUUCGUAGAUAGGAACUUUUGUGCUGAAAGCGACGGCGAUUCUACUUUUACAACUUUACUCUCGAUGAAGAAAUUAUUCCACGAGCAGCGAGCCAUUGAUAAAUUUCACCGCUCUUUUGAAUAACAAAUGCAUGGAAUCCAGUUCUCCAUAUCCGAUUCUUCCACAUUCGGCAGUCGGAAUUGAUUCCGGUUCUUGUUAGCCUAUCACUCACUCUCCAUUUCUCGAGCACGCCGUCUUUGAUCGAGUUAGGAGGUAUUGGGCAGUUGAUUAUACUAGUUCCACUGGAUGUUAAACCUGUAAAAGAGCCAUGAGUUUUGAUCUGGUGGAUAUUACACCUCAGGACGUCAAAUUCAUAUUUGAACCAAGGAAGCAAAGUUCAUGCUCUAUCCAUCUCGCCAAUAAGUCAGACAAGCAUGUUGCUUUUAAGGUCAAGACUACAAACCCAAAGAAAUAUUCUGUCCGACCAAAUGUGGGAGUCUUUAGUCCUAAAGCAUCACGUGAUGUCACAAUAACUAUGCAAGCACAACGGGAACCGCCUCUUGAUAUGAUAUGCAAAGACAAGUUCUUAGUUCAAGCCACAGUGGUACCUGAGGAGACUUCUGAAGAGGACGUCGUCUCAGAGAUGUUUUCCAAAGAUGGUGGGAAAUAUGUCCAAGAAAACAAGCUCAGGGUGGUCCUUGUCAGUCCAUCCAACUCACCAGUACAUUUACCAGUGAAUGAAGUGCACAGUCAUCCACCACAAAAUCUUCUAGCCGAUGACGUUUCUGGCAGUGUGAAAGUCAGUACAUUUCCUGAACUCACUGAGAAUAUAGAGUUAAAACAAGAAAAUGGAAUGAGAUUGGUGGAAAAGAAGCCCUUAGAGACUAAAGCCAAGAAGGAUGUGAGCGAGCUGGAAUCUUUAAAGGAGACGAUGAAGUCCAAACUUAAUGAGCUUGAACUACAAUUAAGUGCGGCUGAAGCAACCAUUGCUAGGCUGACAGAGGAGAGAAGAGAGAUUGCUCAAGAUAGAGCGAGCUUACAAAAGGAAUUGGCCGUAAUGACAAGUAAGAAGGUUGUUAGAAAAGUGCAAGUCGGAUUUCCUUUGAUGUAUGUGGUGAUGGUUGCGGUCAUUAGUAUUACUCUCGGAUGUCUUUUAGGUCGUUUAUAGAAGCAGGAACUGCAAAGCUAUUAUAGCAAACUUAUCAUCUCUAUCUCUACUCGGGCAGGAACCUUCACAAAAAGGGUUCCAUCUAUCCCAACUCCCAAGUGACCCAUUAUAUAUAUUUUUUGGAUUGACCUAUGCGUGACUCCUUAGAUAUCUACUGCUGUAAAUACUUUUCUUGUUUCCUAUAAUAAGUGUUAUAUAGGUAUCUACUCGGUACAAGAAUGAUCAGGUCCCCAUGUUCGGACAGGACCCUCCGUCCGAACAUCCUCGUUUGGGGUCCUUCCCGGUGUAAUUUUUUGAUGAAAUUUUUUGAGCAUGUUCCUCAUCAAGUCUAGUUUGUCCAUACCAAAUUUCAGCUCAAAAUUCGAUCGGGAAGACAUUCAAAUCAUUUUUUGAAGUUGACUGCGUUUUUAUAUGUAUAUUUUGACGCAGUCAACUUCAAAAAAUGAUUUGAAUGCUUUCCCGAUCGAAUUUUGAGCUGAAAUUUGGUAUGGACAAACUAGACUUGAUGAGGAACAUGCUCAAAAAAUUUCAUCAAAACAUUCCACCAGGAAGUGGCCCAAACGUCCAUGCUCGGACGAGGAAUGUUCGGACCUGAACAUUCCUCCUACUCGGUAUGGCUAUAUUGAAAAGUUUCUGAAACUUUUGAUAAACUGUUUUUGUUUUGUUUAUUGUUACACCGUAUUGGUAUUAUCAUAAAUUUUAAGCAUGUGAUAGUUGCUUACUUGCUUUAUUGACGACCAUUUGAUUGAAUAACUUUUUAGUGGUUGG